AUGCCUGCUCUGCGAUGGUUCAUCCACGGGGUGACGCCCCGUCGCACGCUCAGGAAGACGUUCGUGCGCAAACGAUCAGCUAGUAUCAUCGCGCAGCGGGAGCCUCUGCGCCCUCGCCCCCAGCCGAAAAAACAGUCGCUGAAGCGAAAGAUGGUCCUGUGGUGGAAGCGAAUCAGUCGUCCAUCCAAGCCCAGGCAAUCUGGCCGAUUCUCCUUCGUACCGGAGGACUUCGUCCUCGUCACUCUCCCCGCGACUUGGUCCGGGAGCGAACGAAGGUCCCGACUUUGGGAGAGGAACGAAGUCGGCUAUUAA